GGUAAAAUCUAGUUUCUUUACAUCUAUAGUAGUAUUUGCAGUUUUUUAUUUUCAUGGAGGCGACGUUCGGCACAGGAGGGUAGGACGAAUGGCCAUGGUUUCAGGCGAGGAUAGUGCUGGGUCGAUUUGUGCUUUUGAUCGUCUUCCCAGAAUCCCAGUAGCAGGAAAAAUAUCCCGCUCAAAUGUUGUAUCAACUGUUCAAGCACGACCUCUAGAACACGAUCUGUAGACACUAGAAUCUCGCCACCAAUUUCCUCUAUGUCUAGAUAAGGUUGAAGCAUGUGUAAACUGGAUACCUCGCUCUUAGCCGUGCAACGCACAACAAGAAUUUUCUUCCGAUCCUCAUCAUGCUCCAAGCCUAGGCCAGAUCGCUACCGCCUGAAGGAAGAGGACAAUGAUAAAGGGGUAACGAUGCAAACAGGAAGGACGGCAUCACAGAGAUUCAGAAUUGAUAUCUUCAGAUAUGGAAUAUCUGGAAAAACACUACUACUCUAAAACGGAUUGAUGUUGCCGAUUUCAAAUACUGGGAGCUGAUUUCAAAGUCCAGUUCAGAUGAGUGAUAUGCUAUUGUGUCCUAAUCAUUUUUUUUCUUUGUGUUUUGUUAUAAUAAUACUUAGGUUUGAAACUCACGACUAUUCCUUUGUGUUUUGAAACUCACGGCUAUUAUGUUUCAGACUAUUUUCCCUGCAAUUGAUAUAUGCAUUUUAAGUGGGAUGUGGACUUCAUGACAUACAUCUUAGAUUUGUUUUAUUUAGUAUUGUAUGGAACCAUCUUAGUUCUUCUUAGAUAUUCAUUACCUAUAUUGCAGGUGAUGCUUUAUUUUUGCCAAAUGAGUGAUGUUUAAAGGGUCUGAUUCAAUCAUUUUUGAAGGAACAUAAGGAGAGUUACAAUAACAAAUAAAAGAAAGUCAUUGUGCUUUGGGGGAAGCAAAUGUUCAGAUUCUGAUCUUCCUGGCAGAGAAAAAUAUACAAGGAUAAUUUUUUUAUCAAGAAUGUACUCAUUUAUGUUAGUAAUAAGGCUUGAGUUUCAUCAACAAAAAAAUCAAUAAACAAGGCGUGGAUUUCACCAGGAAGCGAGGAUUGGUUGUACUUUUUCAUGAGAAAUUCAAAUGAGCAUGCCAUUAUCCUUAAUGUGAAAAGGUAUGAAGAAGAUGUCCUGGUGAUUUACUACUUACUCUCUUUGUUCUCCCAUACGGAGUAAUAAAAUAAGUUUUGUUGUGCAUGUUGCACGCAAAAGUAAAGUUUAAAUGACGGGUAACUUAGAGCUGGAUUGGGCCACACUUAGAAUUUUUGUGAAUAAAGAAGUUUUUUAGAAUUUGUUACUCUUUCUUAUUUUAUUUGUAUCAAGCACUGCUAUUCGAUGAAAAAUAUUUUAAGAAUCAAUAUUAAGGCAGAGU